CCCAGGCUCUGAAGCCCCGGGCUCGCCUCGGAAGGCCCGCUCAGCCUCUCCACCAUCAACCGGCGGCGUGCUGGAAAAGAAAAAGAGGGGAAGCUCCAGCUCAGCUGCACAAGGACGUGAAGGUCAUCCUCCUCCAGCUUUCCGCCUCUCCCAUCCCUUCCGGAUGUCACCCUCCCGCCCAGGAGCUGGAUCUCUCGCCCGUUCUGCAGGUCGCCGGGCGAGCACAGAUCAACCUCACAGCGGCUCUUACAAACAAAUACAUCCCGCCCAUCGGAGGAAAUGUGUUUGAAAUAAAUCAGAGCGUCAGCUCUUCUGUCUUGUGCCUGAGUGACAGGGAAGGUUCGCGAGAGUUAUCGUCCGACCCAAAGCCACACUUACUCUAACUCAACGUUAGCUGGAUCAAAUUGAUUGCUUUCAGCUUUAUUCCAGACUUCAUUUCCUGGAAUUCUCUCCUUGAAUAUCACUGCCUUUCCACCUGUCUCACGUCCUUGAAGACACUUGGUAUAGCCUUACUCUGAUCGUUUACCCAAUAUAUUCCUGUGAGGAUCAUGCGUCCCGAUGAUGCCAAUAUUGCAGGCAAUGUUCAUGGAGGUACAAUAUUGAAAAUGAUAGAAGAGGCUGGAGUCAUCAUUAGUACCAGGCACUGCAACAGGCAGAAUGUGGAACGCUGCGUUGCUGUAUUGGCUCGUGUGGAGCGCACAGACUUUCUCUCACCAAUGUCCAUUGGGGAUGUAGCACACGUCAGUGCAGAGAUAACCUAUACGUCAAAGCACUCUGUUGAAGUCCAAGUUAAUGUGAUGGCUGAAAAUAUUCUCACAGGUGCUAAACGAUUGACCAACAGGGCAACACUGUGGUACGUGGCUCUGUCCCUGGAGAAUGUAGAUAAAGUGGUUGAGAUUCCUUCUGUGCAGUAUACAAGUCCAGAACAGCAAGAAGAAGGUAGAAAGAGGUAUGAAGCUCAGAAACUGGACCGUAUAGAGACAAAGCAAAGGAGUGAAGAUAUCAUCUUGCCUGCCAUCAAUGUGGACCGACAAUCUAAAGAGCCAUGUACAGUAGGUUACAGCCAGUCUAGUCUGAUUCACCUUGUGGGACCAUCGGAUUGUGCCCUCCAUAAAUUCGUUCAAGGAGGUGUCACUAUGAAAUUGAUGGAUGAGGUAGCCGGUAUUGUGGCAGCUCGACAUUGCAAGACCAACAUUGUGACUGCAUCUGUUGACGCAAUAAACUUUCAUCAGAAGAUUCAGAAAGGGUCUGUAAUGACUGUUUCUGGUCGAAUGACAUUUACUAGUAACAAGUCUAUGGAGAUUGAAGUUUUUGUGGAUGUUGACCAUGUCACGGAAUGUCCAAAAGGAAAGGCUCCUGCUGUUACUGCAUUCUUUACUUAUGUUUCCUUGGACAAGGAAGGAAAAGCACUUCCUAUUCCUAUGUUGAAGAUUGAAACAGAAGAUGAAAAGAGACGGUUCGAAGAAGGAAGAAACAGAUACUUACUUACCAAAGCCAAAAGGAUGGCUCAAAUACAGAACAUUCAAUAAUGCACAAACUAUCAAUAGCCCAAGGCAGCUAAUGAGAAGUAUUUGACAUUCGGCUCUGUAUUACUUGAAAACUAUUUAAGUCUUAAAUGUUAACCAAAGCACUAUUGUGUACUGUUUAAAACCUAGAUAGUAUUAUAUUUGAGCAAAUCUAUGCAUUCCAUUGAGAUAUUUGUGUUUGCAGGUAUUAUGUUAUUGAAAAUAUAUCAUUACAGAAAUAAAUGCUGCCAGGCUUUGGCUUAUGAGAAGACUUGAUAUUUGUUUUUCUCGUUAUAUUCUGACAUUUUCCCAGAACCUCCCAUGCGAAAAUGGUGAUUUUUGUCUUGGAAAUAAGAGCCAAUGUGAUCUGUGCACAGGAAUUGAUUCCUUGGACUGAACAUGUGGAAAUAAACAAGAGGGGAUCUUCACCUCAUUUUCAUUGGACCAGUGACUAGCAGAUGUUUGUUGCACUGUGGCAAACUGUAUGUUGCUGAAAUGAGGACAAAUGUUGGACUUCUGCAAUGCCAGGAGGGACCCUUAGGUCAGUUCUGAGAGGGAGCAUGGAUAAAGGCAAAGAACAGUUGGGUGGAGGUGGCUGAUGUCUGUGACUAAUGAGUCUGAAUUAAGGCGAUUUUAAAAACAGAGUUCUGGUCUCUAUGACUCAGUUAAGCAUUGAAUAAAUCGACUGAUUCAUCCUAAGGACUGAAAACUGACACUGAUUAUGCUGCAUAUAUCUACAGUGUAUUGAUGGCCUUGAGAUGACAACCUACUUAGUGUGAAGAUGCAGUGACGCAGGGAACAGGUAGCAAAUGAAUCCUAAGAAAUGUACCUCAACAUCUUCAAUAUACUGAGCUUAGAGAAUGGACCUCCAUUGCAAUCUGCUGCCCAUUUAUCGCCAGUUUUUCAGGAUAUUGAAUGUUAGGAGCUUCAACUAAUGAUAAUCGAAUUGCUGCAAUUCACCAGUUUGGUGGCCCACUGGAUGAUCUGUGGUACUACAGCACUGAGUCAUUGAUCUAGGGCAGAAAAUGGAUCUCAUUCUGUCCAUUUUACAGCAUGGCCUUGCCUCCGAGUCAGAGGUGGUAUGUCUAUGCCCCAAGCCAAUGACAUGAGCAGUUGGCACUUCAAUACCAUACGGAGGAAGUGCUGCAUUAUCAAAAGUGUCAUCUUUUGGAUAAGAUGUUAAACUGAAGACCUGUCUGCUUUCUUGGGUGUAAAAUAUCCCAGGGCUUAGGGAGCCAGCAGACUGUCUGAACACAGUAUAUUAAAGUUGUUACGGUAAACCAACAGUUUGCAUAAAUUGCUUAAUUUUAUUUACCUUGAUUCAAAGUUUUCAGUCCAAAACAAUGCAUG